AUGACUUUGAAAGUCGGUUCACCUGCGCCCCUCUUCAAAUGCGAGGCAGUAAUGCCUGAUAACUCGUUCAAGGAAAUCCUUCUAGCUGAUUACAUAGGCAAGAAGAACGUUUUACUUUUCUUCUAUCCCUUAGACUUUACCUUUGUAUGUCCCACAGAAAUAGUGGCAUUUAAUGAUGCCAUUGCCCAAUUUGAGUCGCGGAAUGUACAACUGUUAGCAUGCAGCGUUGACUCUAAAUUCUGCCACUUGGCUUGGAAGUCCCAACCAUUGGAUAAGGGCGGGAUAGGUAAUAUUAAGUUCCCAAUUUUAUCGGAUAUUUCCAAGGAAAUAUCCUCCCUUUACAACGUACUACUACCCGAGGGCAUGGCCCUUAGGGGCCUAUUUUUUAUUGACAAGAAAGGCAUCCUGCAGCAUAUAACGGUAAAUAACCUGCCAGUAGGUAGGUCUAUAGACGAGGCGCUAAGGGUUGUGGAUGCUUUCCAACAUCAUGAAAUAAAGGGCGAUGUAUGUCCUGCCAAUUGGAAACAUGGAGACAAAGGUAUACAACCAACUGUGGAGGGGGUUAUAACCCACUUGACUUCCAAAUUGCACUAA